AAUUCUACAAUCUUUCUCUUCUUCGUUAAGCAAAUUCCUCUACCUUCAUUGCUCUUCCACCACACGCGCUCGCUGACAAUUCUCAGUUGCCGAAUUUUGGCCGGAUCGUUUGUGUUGAUCACCUCUUCAAUCGAACUGAUUUUCUAGAUUCGCAAUGUCUUCACCUGCUGAAUAUUAUCAAUCGCUUCCACCUAUAACUAAAUUUUAUGGGACUGCAUGCUUAGCGGUGACUGUUGUAUGUCAAAUUGGGCUACUCAGUCCUGCAGAUAUUGAAUACUUCUCAAUCUUGGAUUGGCAGGUCUGGCGAUUAAUUACCAACUUCUUUUUUCUUGGAAAGUUCUCUAUCAAUUUUGGUAUUCGGCUCUUAAUGAUAGCAAGAUACGGAGUUCAACUUGAAAAUGGGCCUUUUCAGAGACGCACAGCUGAUUUCUUGUGGAUGAUGUUGUUUGGAGCUAUCUCUCUACUGGUUUUGUCUAUCAUCCCCAUAUUCUCGUCCCCUUUCUUAGGAAUUUCACUUGUUUUCAUGCUUCUAUAUCUCUGGAGUAGAGAAUUCCCGACUGCCAAAAUCAACUUAUACGGACUUGUGACUCUUAAGGCAUUUUACUUGCCAUGGGCGAUGCUCUGCUUAGACGUCAUAUUUGGUUCUCAACUUGUGCCUGAUCUUUUGGGCAUUGUAGCUGGGCAUCUCUAUUACUUCUUAACAGUACUGCAUCCGCUUGCUGGCGGGAAGAACAUCCUAAAGACGCCUGCAUUUAUCCAUAGACAAGUCAUGAAGUGGAGAAUCGGUGCUCCUCCACCGAGCGCUGUUGCUCAGCAAGAGAGGGCUACUGGUGUUGCUUUCAGGGGAAGAUCGUAUCGUCUUGGUGGUUAACACGUUUAUACUGCAAAUCUCCGCGUAAUUGGAAGUAGGUUGCACACAAAUUAUUGAAACAGCUGUGGAUAUCAAAAGUGAGUUCGGUUUUUCGUUUUUUCUACAAUGGCAGGACUAGAUAUAUUCCUUACUUGGGUAUCUGAUUAUAAGACUGGCAUUUAUUUGCUGCAGUUUCUUACGAAGGAAUGCAUUUCUAAUUUUUACAAACUCCA